AUGCCAAAAGACUACUUGGUAUUGGAUCGUUCAGGAGAUAAAAUGCCCUUGGUGGGCUUUGGCACCUGGAAAAUUACCGAUGAACAAGCAGAAGAUACCAUUUACCAGGCUAUCAAGGCUGGAAAUAGACUGAUUGAUACUGCUGCUGUCUAUGGAAACGAACGAGGCGUCGGACGCGCUAUUACCAAAGCUAUCCAGGACGGCACCGUGACACGCAAGGAAAUGUUUGGUAAAAUACUAUCUGCUUACAUAUCUGAGAUGAUGGCAACACAAGUGGUCACCAAGUUAUGGAACGCAUACCACCAUAAGGAUAACGUGCGUCCCGCGUUCAACAAGCAAUUAAGAAGCUUAGGCUUGGAUUAUGUUGACCUAUACCAUAUUCACUGGCCAAUUCCCACCAGAAAGACGAAAGCAUACGACACAUAUCCGCCUCCGGGGUUCUCUGCAUCAAAUGGUGUAAUGGAAACCGAACGGUCGUCCUUACACGACUGUUAUCGUGAGCUGGAAAAACUAGUAGACGAUGGAUUGGUUCGGAAUAUUGGUAUUUCAAACUUUAAUGUACAGCUGACGCUUGACCUGUUGACGUAUUGCAGAAUAAAACCUGCUGUUCUGCAAAUCGAACUUCAUCCAUACCUUCAACAAAAGCGGCUAGUGCAUUGGGUUCAAUCACAAGGCAUCCAGGUGACGGCCUAUUCAUCGUUUGGACCUGCAGCAUUCGAUAAUGUUACAGCUCAAGGCAAACAACUGGGCCCACUUUUGGAACACGACAAAAUUAAGCAGAUUGCCGACAAGCACGGCAAGACCACUGGUCAGGUAUUACUUCGAUGGUCAGUGGAGAGACCUGUAGCUGUCAUUCCGAAGAGUGCCAGUCCGGAUCGUAUGAAAUCCAACCACGAUCUGUUCUCUUGGUCGCUUGAUGACGAGGACCGUAAAGUUAUUAAUGGUAUGAACGUCAACUUUCGGUUUAACGACCUGGCCCAGGAUGUGUAUGGCUUUGAGCUUCCUCUCUUUGACUAG